CGAGCGGGGCGGCGGGAGCUGUGUGCUGUGCUGCGGGGACCUGGAAGCCACGGCGCUGGGCCGCUGCGACCACCCGGUGUGCUACCGCUGCUCCACCAAGAUGCGGGUGCUGUGCGAGCAGCGCUACUGCGCCGUGUGCCGCGAGGAGCUGCGCCAGGUGGUCUUCGGGAAGAAGCUGCCCGCCUUUGCCUCGAUCCCCAUCCAGCAACUGCAGCACGAGAAGAGAUACGACAUCUACUUCACUGACGGGACAGUGUUUGCUCUCUACAGGCAGCUGCUGCAGCACGAGUGCCCGCAGUGCCCCGAGCUGCCACCCUUCAGCCUCUUCGGGGACCUGGAGCAGCACAUGCGGCGGCGGCAUGAGCUCUUCUGCUGCAAGCUGUGCCUCGAGCACCUCAAGAUCUUCACUUACGAGCGCAAGUGGUAUUCGCGCAAGGACCUGGCUCGCCACCGCAUGCAGGGGGACCCUGAUGACACUUCGCACCGCGGGCACCCGCUCUGCAAGUUCUGCGACGAACGCUACCUGGACAACGACGAGCUGCUCAAGCACCUGCGCCGCGACCACUACUUCUGCCACUUCUGCGACGCGGACGGGGCGCAGGACUACUACAGCGACUAUGCCUACCUGCGCGAACACUUCCGGGAGAAGCACUUCCUGUGCGAGGAGGGCCGCUGCAGCACUGAGCAGUUCACCCACGCCUUUCGCACCGAGAUCGACCUCAAGGCCCACAAGACGGCCUGCCACAGCCGAAGCCGCGCCGAGGCGCGCCAGAACCGCCAGAUCGACCUGCAGUUCAGCUACGCGCCAAGGCACUCGCGUCGCAGCGAGGGGGUCGUCAGCGGUGAGGACUAUGAGGAGGUGGACAGGUACAACCGCCAGGGCCGAGGGGGCCGGGCCAGUGGGCGUGGAGCACUGCAGAGCCGCCGAGGGAGCUGGAGGUAUAAGAGGGAAGAAGAGGACCGAGAGGUGGCUGCUGCCCUCCGGGCCUCGGUGGCCACACAGCAGCAGGAGGAGGCUCGCCGGAGUGAGGACCGCGAGGAGGCGAGCAAGCCUAAGAAGGAGGAGGCGGCAGUGCGGGGGCCUGAGGAGCCCCGGGGCCCCCGGCGCCUGCCCCGGACUCAGGCUGAAGGCCCAGGCCCCAAAGAGCCCUCAACAAAUGGUCCCACAAGCCAAGAGGCCUUCCCAGUGAUCAACUCGGCCACGGGGGCCGCCCCGCCAAGUAUCCUCUUGCCGCUCACCCCGAAGCUCAAAGAGGAGGACUUCCCCAGCCUCUCCGCCUCCACGCCAUCCUCCUGCUCAGCUGGAGCACCCGGCCCAGGGGGGUUGGCAUUGCCGUACUCCGCAUCCGCCAGGAGCAGGCGCACCUUCCACGAGGAGGACUUCCCUGCCCUGGUAUCCUCGGCGGUCAAGCCCAGCUCCACCCCUGCUGGUGUCAAUUCUGCCUGGAGUAGCAGCUGCAGCCAGAAGGUGGCUCAGCCCACCACGGGGGCCCAGGCUGCCAGCGGGGGUGGCCCACCCACCAAGAAGGCUGGGAAGGGGAGCAGGGGCGGCAGGAAGGGCGGCCCACCCACCGCGGAGGAGGAGGGACUGCGGAGCCAGCCUGCCUUGGCCACUGUCUCCUCCCUGGGGCUAGCUCCUGCCCAGACCUCCAAGGUCGGCAAGAAGAAGAAGGUGGGCUCCGAGAAGCCUGGUGCCACGGUCCCCUUGCCAGUGCCCCUUGACUGCACCCCAAGCCCCCCCAAGGCUGAGCAGGAAGAAGCCCCCACCAGCAGAGCUGAAGGGCCAGCUGCCGUUGUCAAUGGACACACAGAGGGGCUGGCCCUGGCACGCAGUGCCCCCAAGGAGCCCCCUGGGCUUGCGCGGCCCAUGGGGCCCCUCCCCUGCCCCACGCCCCAGGAAGACUUCCCAGCGCUCGGUGGCCCCUGCCCGCCCAGGAUGCCUCCCCCCCCAGCGCCUCCCAUCAGCAAGCCACCCCCUGGCUUCUCCGGCCUCCUGCCCGGCCCCCACUCAGCCUGCACCCCCAGCCCACCCCCUGCCACAAAAGCGCCCAGGCCGACACCCGUGGCUCAUGCCUACCUGGUACCUGAGAACUUCCGGGAGAGGAACUUGCAGCUCACGCAGUCCAUCAAGGACUUCCUGCACAGCGAUGAAGCCCGCUUUGGAGAGUUCAAGAGCCGCUCGGGGGAGUUCAGACAGGGUGUGAUCUCCGCGGCUCAGUACUACAGGACCUGCCGGGACCUGCUUGGACAGGACUUCCAGAAGAUCUUCCGUGAGCUACUCGUGCUGCUGCCUGAUACGGCCAAGCAGCAGGAGCUGCUGUCAGCGCACACAGACUUCCGCAGCCAGGAGGGGCCCCCGGGCCCUAGGUCCAAGAGGAACAGGAAGAGCCCGUGGCAGACCCGUGCCCAGCAGGCAGGCUUGGACUGCUGUGUGUGCCCCACCUGUCAGCAGGUGCUCGCGCACGGAGACGCUGGGAGCCACCAGGCACUGCACGCCGCGCGAGAUGACGACUUCCCCUCCCUGCAGGCCAUCGCCAGAGUCCUCACGUAGCUGCCACCAGUGUGGGCAGGUGCUGGCAUGCGUGAGCUCCUCCCUCCUGCCUUCCUCCUCUGGGCUGUGGCUGCCAGGCAGCCAGGUAAGGCCCUGGCGAGGCCUUCCGCCCAGGCCUUUUGGUGCGCCAGGCCUGCCAGGUGUGACCAGGAGGUCCACCCCGCCCCACCAGCACGCGUCAGCGGAGUGCGGCCCCUGCUAGAGCAGGCCCAGCCUGGUUCCUGCUGUGCUUUUGGAGGUGCCAGGGGAGGGGGAGCCUAGAACGGGACCAGCCCCCGCUGUCAGCCCAGCCUGGGCCCUCCUGGCAUGGCACGUGCAGCCUCAGCCGGCGUGGGUCCUCCGGAGCAGAUGGGCGUGUCGUGUAAACAGUUGGCUCUUUCACGAUUCAGGAGCGUUCAGGAUUAAAAGCAGACACGAAAUUGUGCUACUUGAAGUUGAGUCUUUUUACAAGACAAGCUGAAUCUGGGAUCUCAAACUGCCUCUGACCUUUUAUAAGACAGUUUAUCUUCAAAUAAAUUUAUUUUGCAAUAACACA